AAAAGGCUUUCAGAUAUCGCCAAGGCCUCCUUGAAAGGGCAAACCGGUCCCCCCUAAAGGACCACGGGGUGGACUAAGACACCAGGUUGGACGAGCCUAUGAAGCAUCUUGACCGCUGCACAGCAGUAGUUAGUGACUUGCCCCCCUCCAUCGCCAGGAUGCCGGGAGCCCUUCCGAAGGCAGUCAGCCAGGUUCAGGGUGCACCGCAUGGUCAAGAGUGGCUGUGUCCAGGCCUGGGCUUGGCCACGACAUCUGACUUUUGCUUCUCGCAGGUUCCAGUCUCCAGCCACCGCAACCCCCUGCUGGACCUGGCCGCCUACGACCAGCAGGGCCGCAGAUUCGACAACUUCAGCUCUCUGAACAUCCAGUGGGAGUCGACCAGGCCGUCGCUGGCCAGCAUCAACCUUGACCUGCCCAUGCAGCUGGUGGCCCGGGACGAUGGGAGCAGCCAGAAGAAGUUGCACGGUUUGCAGACCAUCUCGGUGCACGAGGCGUCGGGAACCACAGCCAUCUCCGCCACUGCGACUGGCUACCAGCAGUCCCACCUCAGCACGGCCAGAGUGGUGCAGCCGCACGACCCUCUCACGCCUGUGUCGGCCUCCAUAGAACUCAUCCUGGUGGAGGACGUGAGGGUGAGCCCGGAAGAGGGGACCAUCUACAACCACCCCCAUGUGCAGGCUGAGCUGCACAUCAGAGAAGGCUCUGGCUACUUCUUCCUCAACACCAGCACCACAGACAUCAUCAAGGUGACCUACCAGGAGGCCAGGGGCGUGGCCACGGUGUUCCCUUUGCUCCCGGGCGUGUCGACCGUCAUGAUCCAUGACCUGUGCCUGGCCUUCCGCCCGGCGAAGGCCGAUGUCUACGUCUCGGACAUUCAGGAGCUGUACGUCCGUGUGGUUGACAAGGUGGAGAUUGGAAAGACGGUCAAGGCAUAUGUCCGGGUGCUGGACUUUCACACGAAGGCUUUCCUGGCCAAAUACUUUGCCUUCAUGGACCUGAAGCUCUGAGCAGCCUCCCAGAUCAUUACAUUGGUGGCCCUCGAUGAAGCCCUUGAUAACUAUACCACCACGUUCCGCGUCCACGGUGUGGCCAUUGGCCAGACCAGCCUCACCGCAACCGUGAGUGAUAAAGCUGGACAGCGAAUCAACUCAGCCCCGCAGCAGAUUGAGGUCUUUCCCCCGUUUAGGUUGAUACCCAGGAAGGUGACGCUGAUCAUUGGGACAAUGAUGCAGAUCACCUCGGAGGGUGGCCCCCAGCCCCAGUCCAACAUCCUCUUCUCCAUCAGCAAUGAGACCGUUGCCGUGGUAAACAGUGCCGGGCUGGUGCGGGGGCUGGCCGUCGGCAAUGGCACCGUGUCUGGGGUCGUGCAGGCCGUGGACGCUGAGACUGGCAAGCUUGUCAUCGUGUCUCAGGACCUCAUGGAGGUGGAGGUGCUGCUUCUCCAGGCGGUGAGGAUCCGUGCCCCCAUCACUCGGAUGAGGACGGGAACCCAGAUGCCUGUUUACAUCACUGGGAUCACCAACAGCCAGAACCCUUUUUCCUUUGGCAAUGCCGUGCCGGGCCUGACCUUCCACUGGUCUGUCACCAAGCGGGACAUCCUGGACAUCCGGGGGCGGCACCAGGAGGCUUCGCUCUGGCUCCCGUCACAGUACAACUUUGCCAUGAACGUGCACGGCCGGGUGAAAGGCCGGACCGGGCUGAGGGUGGUGGUCAAGGCUCUGGACCCCGCUGCUGGACAGCUGCACGGCCUCGCCAAAGAGCUCACUGACGAGAUCCAAAUCCAGGUAUUCGAAAAGCUGCUGCUGCUGAGCCCUGAAAUAGAAGCAGAGCAAAUAUUAAUGUCGCCCAACUCGUUUAUAAAGCUUCCGACAAACAGGGACGGAGCAGCAUCUCUGAGCUGCCGCGUCCUGGACGGGCCGGAGAAGGUUCCUGUCGUGCAUGUUGACGAGAAAGGCUGCCUGACGUCAGGGUCUGUGAUUGGGAUGUCCACAAUCCAAGUGACUUCCCAAGAGCCUUUUGGGGCCAACCAGACCAUCCUCUUUGCUGUAAAGGUAUCUCCUGUGUCUUACCUGAGGCUCUCCAUGAGCCCCACCCUGCACACCCAGAACAAGGAGGCUCUGGCAGCCCUGCCUUUGGGAAUGACCGUGACCUUCACCGUCCACUUCCACGACAACUCCAGAGAUACCUUCCAUGCUCACAAUUGGGUCCUCAGCUUUGCGACUAACAGAGACGAGUUCGUGCAGAUUGGGAAGGGCGUCGCCAACAACACCUGCAUCGUCCGGACCAUCAGCGUGGGCCUGACGCUGCUCAGCGUGCGGGACACGGAGCACGUCGGCCUGUCCGACUUCGUCCCGUUGCCCGUCCUACAGGCCAUCUCCCCGGAGCUGUCCGGAGUGGUGGUGGUGGGGGACGUCCUCUGUCUGGCCACAGUUCUGGUUGGCCUGGAAAGCCUCUCCGGAACCUGGAGCUCUUCAGCUCACAGCAUCCUCCGCAUCGACCCCAGGACGGGCGUGGCUGUGGCCCAAGAGGCGGGAUCUGUGACGGUUUACUAUGAGAUUGCUGGGCACCUGAGAACCUACAAGGAGAUAGCGAUCGGUGUCCCUCAAAGGAUCGUGGCCCAUUCCGUCCGCCCAGGCCAGACCAGCUUCCAGGAGGCCUCCAAAGUGACCGUCACCUUGGGAGACAGAGGCUCUAACCUGAGAGGUGAGUGCUCUCCCUCCCAGAUGGAAACCAUUGAGACUCUGCACCCAGAAUCCCUCAUUAGCUGCCACCUCCAGUUCAAGCAAGAUGCCUUCGAUUUCCCAGCGCGUGACGUUUUCACGGCAGAACCAGGAUUUGACGCCACCCUGGGCCGGUACCUCUGCUCAGUCACGAUGCACAGGCUGACGGACAAGCAGCUGAAACACCUCAGCAUGAAGAAGACAGCGCUGCUGGUCACCGCCUCCAUCCCCGGCAGCCACAUCUCUGGCGAGCACGUUGGUGCCGAGGUGCCCUUCAGCCCGGGGCUUUACACUGACCAGGCUGAAAUCCUUUUGAGCAACCACUUCACCAGCUCUGAGGUCAAGGUCUUUGGUACCGUGGAGAUUCUCGAGAACCUGGAGGUGAAAUCAGGGUCCCCGGCUGUGCUGGCCUUUGAGAAGGAAAAGUCUUUGGGGCUCCCCAGCUUCAUCACAUACACAGUCGGCAUCUCGGAUCCCACAGCUGGCAGUCAGGGGCCUCUGUCCACCGCCCUGACCUUCUCCAGCCCCAUGACUAACCAAGCCCUCACCAUUCCGGUCACCGUGGCCUUUGUGAUGGAUCGCCGAGGGCCUGGUCCUCAUGGAGCCAGCCUUUUCCAGCACUUCCUGGAUUCCUACCAGGUCAUGUUCUUCACACUUUUUGCCCUGCUGGCUGGGACUGCUGUCAUGAUCAUAAGUGAGGCGGGCUGCAUUGUGUCCCCUGGGCUGCCCCCCACCCCUGACCCCAACUCUAACCAGCCAUGUUGUCUUGCAGCCUACCACACAGUCUCUCUCCCACAGAGUACGAAAGAAGGCUUCACUUCAAGCCGGCACUUUGCAAAACUCCUCGCUUGCCCGCGGCGGCCGCAGCGCCGCGCCGCCGCGCCCCCCGGGCCGAGCCCCGCGCCGCGCCGCGCCGAGCCACCGUCCCCGCCGCGCAGCCAUGGCCGCCCCGCCGCCGCCGCCGCCCCGCCGCCCGCUGGCCUGAGGCGCUGCCGGCCGCCGGGCGGGGGCCAUGACCAGCGCCGCCAAGCCCCCCGGCAUGGCGGCCGAGUACCUCAGGAGCUGCUGGCGCGCCGGCGGCGGCGCAUCGAGGAGCUGGAGCGCCAAGUGGCGCGGCUGAGCCGCGAGGACGCCGACCUGCUGGAGCGGCACCGGCGGCACCUGGCCGCGUGCGCUCGCCGCCCGGACCCCAGCCCUGGCGCCGGCCCGCAGCCGCUCAGCGUCAUCCCGGAGCUCGGCUGCCGCCGCGACAAGAGCAGCUGUGCCAGGCUGUGGUGGUGGGACAGAGGACCCCUGCCUGUCACCCUGCUUCCUGCACCGGUUCUGGGCAGUGCUUCUGGGCUUUCGUGGGCCCUGAAGAAGGAGGGCUGUGAGGUGGCUGUGGGUUACUUGGUGCUAUUGCAGGAGAUCGAGCCCCGCACCCUCCUGCAGGGACUGAAAGAGAAGCUGGGGAUGGCCCAGCACCGUCCUGGGGAAUGCAUUCCUUUCUUCUCUUCAGAGUCACCUCUGGUGACCAAGAGGGAGGAUGGAGACUACCCAGGCCAGGCCGUGGCUGACACGGGCCCGGCUGUGAACCAGACUUGGCUGAGUGGCAACAUCAGGAAGCGGGCUUCCGAGGAAGGUGUCCUGGAUUGGCAGAUCCGGAGGAGCCUCGCGGCAGGUCAUUUGCAACCUGCCUGUGAAGUGUCUGAUGUCGCAGACUUAGAUGCGGUGCUGCAUGAGACCCCACUGCCUGCCUGGAUGGUCUCAGUGCUCACACAGAAAGUCCUCAGCCCGUGUCCAGAGGCGGAGAAGAAAUUUGAUGUUCGAGAAAAGUCGCGGGAUUUAGGAUCCAGCCAACCUGCCCCCUUCCUGGCGCCCACUGUGCCACCAUACUGGGGCCUCACCACUACCAACUUUUUCCCAUUUAGCGGGUGA